CUGUUCUAAAGUACAUUCUUCUCAUGGUUUUAUUUAGUCUCAGUGUGGAAUUUAUGUAAAUAACAACGCGAAUUAAUAAUUUAAUAUGAUGUUUUAGUACACCAGCUUCGCGUUUUCUUGAUUUUGAUUUUUUUUCGAAAUAAAAAAUGCUUAAAAUUUUCGUAUUACUACUGUGCAUCAGUACUAUACAAUUUGUUCGCGCUAAUUUUCAAACAGAAGAACUUUUACCCGAACAUGUUGAACCUAUUUCAUACGAUUUGAAAAUCAUACCGAACGUGAACGCGUCUGUAUUUUAUGGUAGAGUGACCAUCGAUUUGAAAAUAAAGGUUUCAACAAAGGUUAUAAAAUUACACUGCGGAAACUUCAGCGUAAGUGAUUCAAAAUUAUCUGAGAAAGGUGAACUAACGUCGAUUUCGACACUAUUCAAGAAAAGCAAGGAUUACUGUACUAUUACUAAUUUUGAACCGCUAAGUACCGAUUUGAUUUACGUCUUGACAUUGAAAUAUGAAGGCAAGUUGACGGAAAAUUCCAAAGGAUUGUACCGGACUUCGUACGAAUAUAAUAGUAAAAAGAAAUCGUUGAUUGCAAUCAAUUCACAUGGUAGAGACUUUUUCCCUUGCUUUGACGAACCACGUUUCAGAACACCUUUUACCAUCUCCAUUGCACGAAAACCGGAUCAAAAAGUCUUAUCUAAUAUGCCCUGCGAAACUUUUCGAUCGCACAAAGACGAAACCUUAGUUUGGGGCUCGUGUACUAAAACACCUCCACUACCUACUCAUAAGAUAGGAUUCAUAGUGGCAGAAUUUCCACUAACAACGUCUCAGCCAGUCAAUCACGUAAAAAUCUGGGCCAAGCCAACAAAUAUGGCAGAAAAUAUUCAAUACGCUUUGAAUCAAGCUAACAAGACAUUGAAGGAAUUGGAAAAUUUCAUAAAUUUGGCUUACAAGGCACCCAAACUUGAUAUCGUUAUUACACCCGGAGAAAUUCCACGAAUAAUGACAGAGAAUUGGGGAUUGUUUGUGUUUACGGAAAUGAAUUUAAUUUCUGCUGGAAAGAAAACGUCCGAAUUGCAAAAUAAAAUCAUAACAACUUCGCUGAGUCGUCAACUAGCUCGUCACUGGUUUGGAAGUCAAGUCACGCCGGCAGCUUUAGAUUACAUGUGGCUUACUGAAGCAUUUGUCGGGUACAUGGAAUAUUUAGUGACAUCUUUGGUAGAACCGAGUUGGAAAAUUGACUCAACCUUUAACGUGGAAGUAUUACAGGCUGCUUUGUGGGCAGAACUUACUAAUAAUUCACAAGCACUCACAUCCUUGAUAAAAAAUCAAUCGGGAAUCGACAAUAAAAAAGAAUUUAUCAGACGAUCAAAAGGGGCAUCAAUUAUCAGGAUGUUGGAGCAUAUCAUAUCAAGAGGGUCAUUAAGAAGCAUAAUUCACAAAUAUAUCACAGAUAGUCAGAAGACACACAAUGGAUCAGUAACGCCUGCAGACCUAUUUAAUGCUUUGAAAUACCAGAAUAACAUCGACUCAUUUCCUUUGCCAGCAGAAAUUUCCAUCAUCGAUGUGAUGAAAACCUGGAUAGAAAAUGAUGGUUACCCGUUAAUAAGAGUCGACCGAAAUUAUCAGAAUGGAAGUGUUGAAAUUGAACAAGUCUCCUUUACAUCAAGCCAGGCUUCCACAUCAUCUUCGGGUCAAAAAUGGAUAAUACCUAUUAGCUAUACCACCAAAUCAAAAGCUUCUUUUUCCAACACAGCUCCCUCAGAGUGGCUGAACACCAAUAAGACGAUAUUACCAAUUUAUAUUGAAAGCGAAGACUGGCUUAUUUUAAAUUUGCAACAGACAGGUUAUUACAGAGUAAACUACGACCUAGAAAAUUGGAAUUUGUUGAUUGCACAAUUGAAGGAAAAUAUGACAAAGAUACACUUUCUCAAUAGAGCUCAGUUGAUUGACGACGCUUUCACAUUAGCAUUCAAUAAUGAAUUAUCUUACGACAUUCCUCUGAGAUUGGCACAGUAUUUACAAAACGAAACUGAAAUAGUACCAGUAUUAUCAGCAAUAUUUCAUCUCAACAUGCUGUACACGAAAUAUGAAGACACAUUGUCUCAACAAUUGAUCAAGCUUUACAUACAUAACAUCCUUGAAAAACAAAUUCAAUCAUUUGGAUUCGAGGAGAAGUCAUCAGACGAUCAUUCAAUCAAAACAGGGAAGCCUUCCAUACUAUCAUUGGCUUGCAAAAUAGGUUUAACGAGCUGCAUAGAAGGUAGUUUACAAGAAUACAAUUCAAACGCAGAUGAUCUCAGCAGAGUACAACCAGAUUUGAAAGAAGUGGUAUUCUGCUCCACCUUAAGAGAGGCUCAACAUCCAAAUAUCGUCUACGAGAAUUUGCUGUCAACAUAUAGCGCUUCCAAUAUCGCAUAUGAAAAAAUCAUAAUUUUGAAAAGUCUCGGAUGUGCCAAAAAUGAAUCUUUGCUGAGAACAAUAUUAACGAAAGUAUUCCACGAAAAAGAAUUCCUCGCGAGAUUAGACGAAAAUUACGUUUACGAUUCUAUUUUAUCAUCACCAACUGGAAUUACCGCUACAUUAAAAUUUAUUCACGAACGCAUACUCGAAAUCACAAAAAUAAAUUACGAGAAGCUCCAAACUUUGCAGAAGCUUUUAGGUAAACUUGAAUCCAAAGUAUAUAGUGCACAGCAUAAGAGAAUUAUGGAAAAAAUGCGUCCUGAAUUCGAGAAAUUGGAUCAAAAUUACACCACUUUUAAAGAAUUAUUUCAUCGUGCACAUUUUUCUGCGAUGGAACGCGUGAAAUCAAAUAGUAAAACCAGUGAUAUAUUAAAACCGAUUUUGUAUAAUGUGUUGCAUAUCACUCCCAUACACAUACCAAGCAUUACUUCUACUAGUAAAGCUGCUAUUGCUGAUCCAUUUGGUGUAAUAUUCCUAAGCUUUUAUUUCAUUGUCGCCAGUUUUAUAACUUAUUUUAGGUAGCCUAAUCUUUUAUAAGAAUGUUUGUUUUUUUUUAAAUAAAAUUUUUACUGGAGACGGCUUUAUAAA